GAGGGAAAGUGAGAAGGGGCAUCUAGAGAGAUCAUGGAAGAGAAUGGCGAGGAUGUGACUUCCUUGGCGGCCUACAUUUCAACAGAUGGCAGUUACACAGGCCAACUUGCGGGAACAAAGAUGCGAGAUGCGUGUCUCUCGUAACGUUUGUGGGAGGUGCACAUGUCUCAGCGGGGGAGUUGCCAGCGUGACCAUAGAGUGCAUUGUACAGAGCGUCCCGCCUCUCUAUCCGCACUCUAUCGUUAGGAGCUUCCUUGUUACACUCCCCCUCCUUCCCGCUAGUGCUCUUUUUACUGCGCCCCAGUUGAGAAAGUUUCCUGCUGCCAUUUUAAAAACAAAUUCCUGCCGCCGAUAUCGGCCGGGUCACCCUCGGAGCACACCAUGUUGUCUGAUACCCUUCCAGAGACGGUGCCGAUGCCAAACCAUGGCACAAUGGCAGCUUCUUCGCAGGGCUCUUCGUCUGCCACGAAAUCGAGGCGCCAGCCCGUUUGGACCGACGAGGAAACCAGGGCCUUCAUCCAGGUUUGGGGCGACGACGCUGUGCAGAGCGCCCUGGCGUCCAACUACCGCACGGUUGCGCAGUUCCAGUGGAUCGCGGACGAAAUGCGAGCCCGGGGUUACAACCGGGACUGGGAGCAGUGCCGCGAGCGGGCCAAAGUGCUGCGGCGCGGCUUCAAAGAGAUAGUGGACGGCAACAGCAACGCUGGCCACGGGCGCCGAGUGUGGCCGUACUAUGAAGAGCUCAACCGGUUCCUCUGCAUCAAGCAAAACCUGGUUGUUCCGCGGCUUUCAGGGAGCAACGCGCGGCCACCGGUGGACCGCCGGCGCCGGGAACACAGGGAGACUCAGGACCCUGCCUACGAACCGCCUUCCUCAGUUGGGAAAGGUGACAAAGGGACUUUUGAAGAGCCGGACGGGGACUGCUUGCUCUUGCCAGAAUCAGCUGGGUCACAGCACAGUGAAGCCAACAUGGAAAAUCAAGUGGGGUCUCCGGCAGCCAACUCCGAUAUAUCCAUGGACGGCAGCGGCGGCCCUGGCACACCGACAGAUCCAUUGCCAUCCAAUGACUCAAUUUCUGCGCCGAACCUGCGCCCUCGACCGCUGACGGCCGCCGAGAGGAUGCGCAACCUCCGUUGCCGGCAGAGGAAGAGGAGGGGGGACACCUUGAAGGAGCUCAUGGAAGUCACCUCGCAGGCCACCAGCGAACUUGUCCGGACACUGUCUGACCUCACGCACAAGGAGGUGGCUUCCUUCGAGCGUGCCUACAAGGAGGAUCUCUCGGCCCGCAAAGACGAGAUGGAGCAGAGCGCGGAGGACAUUGGGAGGCUCGUCAGCGCUCUGGAAUCGAGCGAUCAGACGCUGAAGGAGCAGCUGAGCAGCCAGACCAGCGUGUUACAGGGCAUACUGGAAGUUAUGAAAGACAUACGGGGCAGAACGUCAUACAGUCCGCCCUACCCUUCGCAGUAUUACGACUUCCCGGGCCCUAGCAUGAUGCAUGCGGGCGCCACCUCCUCAAACGGCCAAGAGAUGCCCUGCCCCUCCCCUUCCAGCCUCGCAUUCGCUUCCCAGCAAUCAGCUACCAGCAACGGAGACGUCUCUCCCCGGAAGCGAAUGAAAUGAAAAACUGCCGCAGCCGAGAGGCCCUUCUCAUUUUAGUCUCAUUGUGGGUGGUGGGGGUGGGGAACCACCCCUCCAGCUGUUCGUUCUUCUCGUUACAACAUAUAUAUUGCUUUUCUUAUUGCAUAGUUAGAAUGUGUUUUCACCACAUUUACACGUGUGUCUCCCCACAGCGUUAACGGUUGUGUGGAAACGGCUGCCAGCAAUGUACAUUUAAAUUUAUUCUUAUGGGGGGGGGCUGUUCCUUUUUUUUUAGUGUACCCACGUUUGUUUCCCUUCCAUCUUGUUUCCAGAGGAAUGCAGUGUUUGAUGUACACGUGUACAAGUUUUUUAAACAAAACCAAUAAUAAUAAUAAUAAUUACACUUAACACAUUACCGGCUACCUGUAAGAAGGUAAUCUUUUAAAAAGAAAUAAAGCUGCACUGUUGUUCCAAAUUGUUCAACACGUGUUUUCCGGUA